AACAAGCAAAAUAAACAAAAAUGGGGCGCCUGUCAGUGUGGGACGUUUUGGAAAUAUGACGUGAUUCUUGAAACAUAGAGGUUCGUUUUAGACAUUAUUUUAUCGCUACCCACAGUCAGCCAUCAGUGUAUGACACCGUUAAUAUCGUAUUUGAUGUGUUAACAGCUGAAUCUCGACUCUGUGAUGAGCUGUGACAAUGGAUAGUGAUCUGAGCCAACAGGACAAGAAAGACUUGGAUAAAUUCAUCAAAUUCUUUGCAUUGAAGACAGUGCAAGUCAUAGUUCAAGCCCGACUUGGGGAAAAGAUCAGCACAUGCUCAUCUUCAUCACCAACAGGUUCAGACUGGUUUAAUCUGGCAAUAAAAGACAUCCCUGAGGUGACUCAUGAGGCAAAAAAAGCUCUUGCCGGACAGCUGCCUGGCCUCGGGCGGUCUAUGUGUGUGGAAAUCUCCCUCAAAACCUCAGAGGGCGACUCCAUGGAGCUGGAAACAUGGUGUUUGGAAAUGAAUGAAAAGUGUGAUAAGGACAAUAAAGUGUCCUAUACAGUUUAUAAUCGGCUGUCUCUGCUGCUCAAGUCUUUACUGGCCAUCACCAGGGUGACACCUGCUUACAAGCUUUCACGUAAACAAGGACACGAUUAUGUCAUAUUGUACAGGAUUUAUUUUGGGAAUGUCCAGCUGACAGGUCUUGUGGAAGGGUUCCAGACAGUGCGAGUGGGUAUUGUGGGCACACCCAUAGGCACCAUCACUCUGUCCUGUGCUUACCGCACUAACCUAGCCCUCAUGUCCUCAAGGCAGUUUGAGAGGACGGGCCCCAUCAUGGGUAUCAUCAUUGAUCAUUUUGUGGAGCGUCCCUUUGCUAAUAUGGCUCACAUGCACCCCUGCAGCUUCAGAGAGGAUGAGGGAGGGCCCUAUGCAGGAAUAGAAGACUCUCAGGAGGUGUGCACUACAUCCUUUUCCACCUCCCCACCAUCACAGUGUGUAUGCACUGUAAGUCAGGCACACUUUAAGACACCUAAGACGGCUCUGAUGGCCACGCUGAAGGUUCCCCUCAUGGGGCUUGGCAUCUCAAAGCAAUAUGAGUCUCUCUCAUUCUCUCAGCUGUACAGCUCUCGUCUGUCAUAUCAGACUCCUGCCCUGGGCACUGUGGAUUUGUGCCACCCUCCAGCUUGUACUGCUGUUGCACAUCCUCACCAGAUGGCUGUGCCAGGUAAAGAGGGUGGAGUCCCACAGGUGCCGGCUCAACCUAAUCACGGCACUAAUGCCGAGCAUGGUCGUAUCCAGUCAUACCCCACCGGAGAGUCACCGCAGCAGGCUCCACCCACGUCUUGCAUCAGUGACGUGAAGCGUGUGUCACCCUCAGAUGCUCUAGAGACAACCUAUACAAGAAAAGUCGGAGCUUUUGUCAACAAAGCCACCACUCAGGUGACAAUGGCCAGUCUGGAUCUCCCUUUUGCUGCAUUUGCUCCAAGAGUCUUUGACCUGGAGGAGAACGACCCAAUGGUGCACCCUCCUCCAUCACCAGCCCCAUUGUCCCCCAUGCAAGGCAGCCUGCACUCAGAUAGCUCGAGCCAAAGCGGAGGACAACAACAUGAUGACUUUGUCAUGGUUGACAUUAAGCCAGCGUUCUCGAAGGAUGACCUUCUACCAAUGGACCUGGGCACUUUCUAUAGAGAGUUUCAGAACCCUCCUCAACUUGCAAGUCUGUCCAUUGAUGUCAGUGCUCAAUCUAUGGCUGAAGACUUGGACUCUCUUCCAGAGAAACUGGCCAUUUAUGAGAAAAACAUUGACGAGUUUGACGCAUUUGUGGACACCCUACAAUAGAUCACAGCUGAGAUUGCAUCUUUAGAACUUCAUUGAACCUCUCCAUUAACCAUGUUUUAUGUCAGUUUUGCCUUUUGAAAUAAGCUCUGAAGAGAAUCAUCAUUUGGGAAAAAGAGGAACAGAGCAACAUGAAAAGCUCACCCUUGUAUUUGUUAAGAUAACAGAACUUUGUAAAUGAAGCUCAAUGUAAUGAAUGUAUAAACCUGUACUUGCCUUUAUUUUGUCAUCAAAACAACACACCCAGCACACUGACUCACUAACUACAUUUCCAUCCAAGGAUUUUUUGUGAAAAAAGUUUUAGCGCAUUAGAAUAAACCUGAUGGAAACGCAAAUUAUCGCUAAAAUUUCACAAGUGUCGACAUAAUAUUUUUCCGUUUAACUCUAGCGCAUAAACUCUAUGUCGAUACUUCAGAUGUCGCGAAAAACUGGUUUGGACACUUUUUGUCGAGAAAAUUGGCAUUAACUCAAAAAUAUAUUGUCACAUGACAGAAUUUACCCCAAUCGUUAGCCUGUGUUAAUCAUGAUGACGGUAUACAUCCUUGAAAGCCAAUUUAUUGUACGUGAUUAUGGAUUGAUCUUAACGGCAUAUAGAUCUGAUGCUGCAAACAUGACACUUCCAGGAGUACCAACACAAAUAUCUUGUAGCAUGCACAUUGACAAGUGCAUAGAGAACAAAUUAAUGGCCACUGUUUGUGAUUAAUUUAAUCGCGGUAGCAAUCCAUUUAUUUAUUGAAGUUGCUUUUACACACCAUUCAAAAUAAUAGACGGCAGUCAAGGAAUUAGCCCACAAUACAAAAAACAUAUAAUUUCUGUGCACAAAGAUGUUUUAAAUUAAAAAUAAAUACACAAUACUAGAAGAAAAGCUUCACUGUGCUUUUUUUGGAGCAUAUAACCCAAUUCUAUUUAAUUAUUGUUUAGCUUACUUAAAAUUCCCUGUAUGAAAUUAAAUAAAUUACCAAACGAAAAAAAUUAUAUUAUUAGACCUAUAUAGGCAUAUCUUUACACAAACUUAAAUUAGCUUUACCCUGUUCUGUAGAUAAAAAAAAGUGGCUGAAGGACAUUCUCAGAAUGUUCUACACUAUUUUUAAAGGUGCAGUACGUAAGAUUCAGAAACCCUUGUUAUUAAUGACACCUGUGGCCAUUAAAUGAACUGCAGCCUGUUGCUCGUGAUCGCACACACACACUAUACGGGAUGCGAGUGAGCAUGACAAAAACAAACAGACUGAACGUGAUUCACCGGCAUCAUGAUCACAGAUGAGGUAGCAUAAUUAAAAUUACACAGUUAUGAUUGUUUUACUACAAACUUUGAGACUGUAUAUUAUAUUUGACUCUCCAGUGUUGGAACAGGGCUAAAACAAAGUGUGGAUAUAGGUCUGACUAUGCGAGACUGUAGUUCGAUGUAAUCACUUUUCUUUGCAUGAUACAUUGACUGCAUUUAUACGAUAGCCUAUGUCAGAGUUAGCUAGCUAGCCAGCUUUAUCAAUAGCUGUUAGCUAAAUUUAGUGGAUGACAAUAGCGGUUUAUAAAAUAAACUGUACAUUAUAAAUAUGUUGACACAAUUCAGUAUUGAUGUGAUUCCAUCACUACUGUAAUUUUGAUAUAUCGAUGCGCUAUUGUUCUAUAAUAAUAGAUUGUAUAUAUUUUCUGUAUAACCAAGUUACGUUACACUAAUGCAUGGAGCUUUUUGCAUUAUCUUGAACAUUGUCUAGCAUUCAUUUAAUGUGUUAUUGUAGUUUACCUUGCUGAAUAAUUACAGAUUAACAUUGACUUUAAGCUGACUUUAGUAUAAAGAGAAGAUCGUUGAAAUUAUUUGAAAGUUACGAAGCAAAGUAGCUUGCAAUUCGUCAGCAUUAGCAGGCAAGAUCAAGUUAGAUAAAAUUACACAGAUCAAUCCUUAUGGCACUAUAUUCACAUGCUUUGCAGUUAUGUAAGCUUACCUGUCCAAUAAGAAGAACGCCAAUUCAGGGUUGGAUUUGAUCCCCAAAACCGAACGAAGUUCCCUCCGGGAAUCAAAUGCCCUGCCGAUGUUCACUCUAGUUUUCGCUCGACCACGAUCACGUUCCCGCUUAGCCAGAUGGGAUUCAGUAGGGUUUUUUUUUGUUUUUUUUGGGGGGGGGGGGGGGUUCGGUUUACUCGGAGUUUGUGUAGGAGUCGGUGUUGUGCUGGGAGCCGGCCAUUUGCUGGAUUCCAUCUCAAAGAUAAAGUUACCUAGUGUUGCAGUUUGUUGUCGUUGUUGAAUAGCAGAAGAGAAGCACUGAGGCAAGGCUCUCGGGAGCGCGCAUAAACGUCACACCCUAUGGAUUUUCCCAGCAAAACCGACCCGCUCCCUUCACAUGAAAAUCAGCCUACAGGCUUUAAUAGGCAACCUAGGAAGUCCAGGAAUUUUUUUAAGUUGCAUUACAAACCAUUCACACAUUGGCAAAAAAAAAACAUGAAUAUUACAUUUAAACAUUUUUACGUAUUGCACCUUUAAGACUAUAUCAGAAUUGUUUGUCCAAUGCUGAAUUCACUUUCAAAAAAUGAGCUUUUGAACAUUUUGAAACUUUUAAAUAUUUUAAAUCUAACCCUCUUUACCUCGGAUCGUGUUUGCUGAGCUUCUUCAGAAAAUGUAAAUUCCAUUAUGAUGCUAAAAUUAAUUUUAGAUGAUAAUCAAGUUCAGUUGGUCAUUAAAAGUUGUGGGACAUAAUGCAGUUGUGAUGGCAAUGCUUUAGAUUAGAUGAUUGUUCAAAAUUGCCUCUUGAUUAUCAGGAAUGUAUUAUACAUGUAAACCCUGAUAUUACACAGCAUCAAUUUUUCUUUAAUAGUUGUGCAUACAGCAUAUACACAUCGAUGGAUGGUCCUUAUACUAUGACCGAAAGUUUCCCCCACUACUUAGUGCAGGUUGCCAGCUUGCGGGUCGGAACCGGUGGCAACCUGCGAUAGGCGCAACAUCAGGACCAAUAUUACAGUCCUAUCAGAAGGGCAACUGUUCCCUUGAUUGCAAUUCCUCCUCUUCUGAUUGCAUUUAUUUGUGAAAUUAAAAUGACAGUAAGCUGGCUAAUUUCAAUGAAUUGUCUCAAUUCUCUCCCCAUUUUACAAAACUUCAGAGGAAAAAAAUUAGGGACACGCAAGGUACACAAUUAGCGAUAAACACACAUUGCUGUAUGGAAACAGCUUAAGGGCAGAUUUAUUUUGCGAUAAACCAAAUCUUAUGUGACAGUGUUUUUUUUUUAGGCAUGACAUCACGCACACCAUUUUUAUUGAUAAAAGGCCAUUUGAAUGGAAACAGGCAGAAGAUUUCGCUAAAUUUGUUUUACGCAUUUUCACAUUGUCGAUAACAAAAUAGUGUGAAAAGUGGAUGGAAACUAGGCUACUGAAGCAGAUUACUAUAGCACUGAUAUUAUCUAAAGUCUCAAAAUACUUUGCAACAUCCAAGUGAGGAAAAACUUGACAUGUCCUGUUUUUAUAGGCUUACACAUAAAUGACACUAUAGUUAACAGUGACAGUAGUGAAUUGUGAGUCCAUUUCCACUUACCUGCAUCUUGUAAAUGCCAAAGAAAAUGCAUUGUACCAUCAUUUUUAUCUGUCUUUAAAUGGGGAAGUUCAUGAUCACUAAUGUGUCUUGUGAAAAAUACUCAUCCUGUGUGUGUGUUUGGUUUUUUUUUUUUUCAUGAUUUUACAUCAAAAGCUUUGUUGGUGAGUCCUUUAGGAGCUGGACCUUCUUUAAUUCUUUUAAGUGUCUUCUUUAUCCCCCUCACUUUGUUAAUUUGGCAUGUAAAUGUUGUGUAAUAAACUUGCUAAUUUCA